CAGGAGCGAAGGUCUCGCGAGGUUUGGGCGCUGCGGCGGUAGGAGGAGGACGGCGAAGGACGGAGCUGAGCCGGAGCUGAGCCCCAACUGCCUCCCUCGCUCACUCCCUCGCGCGCUCGCCCGCCCCCUCCCUCCCUCCCCUCCCUUCCCGGCCCCGGCCCCGGCCCAUUCGCUAGUCGCUCUUCUGCCGGGAGGAUGUCGGGCUCGUCGCUGCCCAGCGGCCUGGCCCUUUCGCUGUUGCUGGUUUCUGGCUCCCUCCUCCCAGGGCCAGGCGCCGCUCAGAACGCUGGGUUUGUCAAGUCGCCCAUGUCAGAAACUAAGCUCACUGGGGACGCCUUUGAGCUGUACUGUGACGUGGUCGGGAGCCCCACGCCAGAGAUCCAGUGGUGGUACGCAGAAGUCAACCGAGCAGAGUCUUUCAGACAGCUGUGGGACGGUGCUCGGAAGCGCCGUGUCACCGUAAACACCGCCUACGGGUCAAACGGCGUGAGUGUGCUGAGAAUAACCCGGCUCACCUUGGAGGACUCUGGGACUUACGAGUGCAGGGCCAGCAACGACCCCAAGAGGAAUGACUUGAGGCAAAACCCCUCCAUAACAUGGAUUCGAGCCCAGGCCACCAUAAGCGUCCUGCAGAAGCCGAGGAUUGUCAACAGUGAGGAGAUCAUUCUUCGGACUGAAGAAAGCCCUCACCCCCCCAUCACCCUGCAGUGUAACCUCACCUCCAGCUCUCACGUCCUGGAAUACAGCUACUGGACAAAGAAUGGGGUAGAACUAACUGCCACUCGUAAGAAUGCCAGCAACAUGGAAUACAGGAUCAGUAAGCCGAGAGCUGAUGACUCCGGCGAAUACCACUGUGUGUAUCACUUCGUCAGCGCUCCUAAAGCAAACGCCACCAUUGAAGUGAAAGCUGCCCCUGAUAUCACUGGCCAUAAACGGAGCGAGAACAAGAAUGAAGGGCAGGAUGCCAUGAUGUACUGCAAGUCUGUGGGCUACCCCUACCCAGAGUGGGUGUGGCACAAGAAGAACGGUCCGCCCCUGGAUAUCGUCAACACCUCUGGCCGCUUCUUCAUCGUCAGCAAGGAGAACUACACGGAGCUGAGCAUCAUGAACCUCCAGAUCACAGAAGACCCUGGCGAAUACGAAUGUAAUGCCACCAACGCCAUUGGCACUAACUCCGCCGUCACCAUUCUCAGGGUACGCAGCCACCUGGCCCCGCUCUGGCCUUUCUUGGGAAUUCUGGCUGAAAUCAUCAUUCUCGUGGUGAUCAUUGUUGUGUACGAGAAGAGGAAGAGGCCGGAUGAAGUUCCUGACGACGAUGAACCAGCUGGGCCAAUGAAAACCAACUCUACCAACAAUCACAAAGAUAAAAACUUGCGCCAGAGAAACACAAAUUAAGUCCUACUUAGAAUUACUUUAGGUUCCUGAAACUGGUGGCAACAUGACCUGCUAAAUUUUCCGCUGGGACUUCUGGGUCUGUCCCCUCUAAGCGAGCGGCACCACAGUGACUGUGUAAAGCAUGCCUUAUUCAGCCUCUCCUGCAGGGCGGCCGCGCCAGGUACCUUGUAAACAGUGCUUCAGUGUAGAAGGUGUAAACUACUUUGGGCUUGAUGUGCUGUGAAUGUUGCUUUCUUUUCCUUUAUUCAAAUAUUUAAAUAGAAGUGAAAAGGCCCCAUGAGGAUUGGCUCGUGCAUGCGCCAUUUUUAAUGCAGCUAUUAAAUUGGCCAAGGUCUAAAAUGCACUGCUGCCAUCUAGUGAUGCAUUUUUGUAAAGUACAGCAAACCUGCAGAUAUAUACAGUAUAUAAAUAUAUAUAUAUAUAUAUUUAUAUUUUGGGGGUGGGAGAAAUCCAAAAUAAAAUAAAAGCUUGUUUCAUUUUUAAGCUGCUGAUAUUCAUUCCUUAUUGUAUGUUGUCAGAAGAGGAAAUUGUGCGGUUCUGGUACAUAAAGAUGAGUAAUAUAAACUGAAAUCCAUCAUUUCAAGGGCUUAACCUACGACUGACAGGAAGCUGGGACAGUGCACUGAAUGAUACAAUGAAUUGCAGUACAUACGUAUGAUUACUUUUCAAGUGAUUCUUUUUUCUUUUGUUAAAUCAUGUAAAUUCUUAAAUCCUUUUGCACUGAUGUGCUGAACCUUAUUGUACAUUCAAUUAAGGCAAACUUUUAUAAUUUACUUUUUGUUUUCAGUGACCUUGAAAUGUUCUAGCAUGGUAUUCUAUGCAACUAGCUGUUCUUGGGGUUGACACUAUUUUUCACAUGAUUUUAAUGGGUGAAUGUAGGUUUCUCACCCGGCAGGGCUCUCACGGUCUGUUACUAUAGAUGCAUGUGCUUGUGUUUUGUGUAAUUGUUGAAGUGCAAUGAUGUAUAAAAAAGUGGAUUCACCUGUUUUUAAAAAUAAAACAUUGAUAAA